AUGGGAGUAGUUAAAGGAUCCGUAAGAAAAGCCAUAAGUACAAAGUUCCUUAACAAUGGAGAACUGGUCACUUUAGUCGCGGAACUUGAAGCGAUUAUCAACGAAAGACCUUUGAUAGAUAUGAAAGACUUAAGACUUAUACUCAUAAGAGGUAAGGAUGGUAUGUGUCGAUCAGGGAUUGUAAGAAUAGCUAAUAAAAAUGAGCUGGUAAGAGCAGUGGGACAUCUCUAUCCUUUAGAGAUCUCCGACAGAGAACAAGGUCCAGGUAAUCGCUCACCUCGGGAGUGUCGAGAAGUACCAGAGAAGAGUUAA